CUUUUCACAAAAAAUUAAAAGUUUAUUUUUUUCAACAAAUAUUUCUUAUUUCUAAAUAAUGUCGUCCGACCCGAGAGUAUUGCGUUCAAACAUACCAGUGGUUGAUAUACCGGAGCUCACUGUCGGUGAAUACGUGCGGAACAAAUUGAGUCACCUGGAUCCUGAGCUAAUAUGCUUGAUAGAUGCUAAUACUGACGAACAAAUAACUAUCGGUCACCUAAAACGGCUGUCCCAUAGCAUAGCUGUGGCCCUAAUUAACAGAGGGGUCACCAAAACCGAUCGACUCGUAUAUUCGGGACAAAACACUAUACAACACACUGUACUGCGAUUUGUAGCUAUAUUCCUGGGUCUACCCAUAUGUCCGUUAAGUCCCACAUUCGAGGCAUACGAAGUGGAACAGGAGGUCACCUCCAUGUCGGCCACAGUAGUCCUAACCCAACAGCAAGACCUCCCAAAAUUCAAACGUGUCUUAGAGUCAGACAAUAAUAGUAUAAAAUUUGUGGUUAUAUUCAACGCAACAUGUGAUACACACGUGUCUGAAAAGCACGUGACAUACGAACAGCUCGUGGAUGAGGGCAGGGAUCAGACUUUGAUAACUAUACCGUACUUUCCAGUCGACCAUAAUGUGGACCCAUGCUUAUUGAUACAUACAUCUGGGAGCACCGGCAGACCAAAAUGUGUCAUAUUGAAGCAUGCAUCAAUUUUGCGAUUCUACAGUGAGCUUGGUCACGCAUUUCAUAAAGAAUUUCAAGGCACCCCUCAAGUGGUAUCGGUGCUCAACCCAUUGGGUCACAUAGGUGGGUCUCAAUUAGUACCUAGCUUCAUAUGUCUGGGCGCUAAACAAGUAAUAUAUAGCGAGUUCACGGUUGACCUACAGUUCGGGUCGGUGGAGAGGUAUGGGGUGACCUUUAUGGUCAUAUUCCCCUCGAUUGGGGACAAUUUUAUCGAGGGUGAAUUGUGUAAUAAAUAUGACCUGUCAAGUUUGAAAAUAAUACUGACAGGUGGCGCACAUUUCCCUGCACAUAUAGCACGGGCUAUUAUUAACAAGUACCAUGUUAGUUUUCGUGAAAGU